AGUCCAGCCGCGUCCCCUCGGCGCUCCAGCGGCUCCCGGCGCCGCCAUGGCCCCGGCGCUCUGGCCGCGCCUCGGCCGCAUCCUCUGGCUAGCCUGCCUCCUGCCCUUGGCCCCGGCUAGGGUGGCCGCAGGCCUGUAUGAACUUCAGCUCACCACCGAUGGCCCUGCCACCACUGGCGCAGAGGUGACCAUCACGGCCAGCCUGGUGGCCGACGACAACGGCAGCUUGGCCCUGCCCGCCAGCACCAGCCUCUACCGCUUCCACUGGAUCCACACGCCGCUGCUGCUCACGGGGAAGGUGGACGAGGCUUUCAGCUCCACCAUCCGCGUCGUGGGGAGCGUGCCCGGGGACUUCCCGGUCUCCGUGUGGGUCACCGCUGCCGACUGUGGGAUGUGCCAGCCUGUGGCCAGGAGCCUCCUCGUCCUCCCCGUCACUGAGUUCCUCGUGGGGAACCUUGUGGUCACCCAGAACACCUCCCUGCCUUGGCCCAGCUCCUACCUCACCAAGACAGUCCUCAAAGUCUCCUUCCUCCUCCACGACCCCAGCAACUUCUUCAAGAACGCCUCGUUCCUCUACAGCUGGGACUUCGGAGACGGCACCCAGAUGGUGACCAGAGAUGGUACCGUCUAUUAUAACUACUCCAUCAUCGGCUCCUUCACCGUGAAGGUCAAGGUGGUGGCAGGGUGGGAGCAGGUCACAUCGGACGCCGGGAGGGGCAUUCUGCAGAAGACGGGUGACUUCUCCGCCUCGCUGAAGCUGCAGGAAACCCUUCGAGGCAUCCAAGUUUUGGGGCCCACCCUAAUUCAGACCUUCCAAAAGAUGGUAGUGACCUUGAACUUCCUGGGGAGCCCCCCUCUGAAUGUGUGCUGGCGUCUUAAGCCCGAGUGCCUCCCCCUGGAGGAAGGGGAAUGCCUCCCGGUGGCAGUGGACAGCACAGCUUACAACCUGACCCACAUCUUCCGGGAUCCCGGGGACUACUGCUUCAGCAUCCAGGCUGAGAACGUCAUCAGCAAGACGCACCAGUACCACAAGGUCCAGGUGUGGCCCUCUAGCAUCCAGCCAGCUGUCUUUGCUUUCCCGUGUGCCACGCUCAUCACCAUGAUGCUGGCCUUCAUCAUGUACAUGACCCUGAGGAAUGCUACUCACCAGAAGGAUAUGGUGGAGAACCCGGAGCCGCCCACUGGGGUCAAGUGCUGCUGCCAGAUGUGCUGUGGGCCCUUCUUACUGGAGACGCCAUCUGAGUACCUGGAGGUCGUCCGCGAGAACCACGGGCUGCUGCCUCCCCUCUACAAGUCCGUCAAAACUUACACGGUCUGAGCGCCACCCGCCCCCAAACCCAGUUUCAGUGUUAACUGACUGCUGCCCGGGAAUUUGGGGCAGUGUCGGGGGCAGACUGGUGCACGCCAUGAGUGCGGGGCCGUCCGCCCUGACUGGUCAUCCAUCUGUACAGUCUAGCCACCUCCACAAGACCGGCUCAGUCCCACCUCCCAGCCAUUCCAUCCAUCUAUACGGUCGGAAGCCCCUCUCGGGCAGCCCCGCCCCACCCCUUGCCUUUGAGGAGGCCCCCAAGUGGGAUUCCAGCACUGGACGUGGUCCCUGUUCUCUCCUAGGAGUGCCCGCUGCCCCUCACCGAUUCCUCCCUUAUUUGGCACAUUCGCCAUCCAUCUGGGGUUCACACUUCCCUCCCCCAGGUGGCCCUGCCCAGGUCAGAGAGCUAGGAGAAAGCUCACAGAUGGUUAAUUCAGGGCUACAUCACGAAAGGUCUUACAUACAGGGAUAAGUGUGCACGACGUCACCCAGAUGUUUCAGACGACUUCCUCUCUCUCAGUGAGCUGGUUGCUGAGCUGUCCCAUUGAUCAGAGCUAAAAGGAAACCUGACCUUUCCCACGUGGCCCUGACAGCUCCGGGGCCUGGCUCCUCCCUUUGUGUCCUGUCCCAGGGGCUCCUGGGUCCCCUUCUAAGGACACCCUGUUCCCCAUCUGCUUGCUGGGGGUCGGGUGGGGGGCAGGGCUAAUGCUUUGUGAGUGUGAAGUGCUUCGUAGACAGCACUUUCUUUUAUUGAGUCUGUUUCAACUUGCAUUGAGAAAGAGGCUUUGCGGCAGAAGAAAGAGUCAGGCCAUGGGGGGAACUUGGGUACCCUGUGUGGGGGACAGAGUUCUCGCCCCCUUAACUGCUCCCAGGGUGGCCUUGAGAGGGAAGAGGACUGGAUGGAGCCCAGGGUGGGGGACCAGUCCACCCCUCUCCCUUUGGCCCAGCAGCCUGGGGGAGGCAGGUCAUGUGCAGAGAGCGUGGGUACAGAGGGAGCCCAUGAUCGGGUCCCCAUCCAACCAUGCAGGAGUGGGGAGCACCCUGGGCCUGUCUGGGGAGGGAGCAGGGCCACGGAGGCCGAGCUCUGUCGCCGUAAUUGUUUGCUCUGAGACUUUGCGCUGAAGACAGCAUCCCCACUGUUGUACAGCUCACACUCAUAAAUACUGCCAUUACUGCUGAAUAAAGCUUGUAUGC